UUAUUACAGGAAAGGGAAGGGGACUGUCAAAUGAUGCUGUGACUGUAAUUGGUGAAUCCCGUCCCUGUUUUUUUUAAGGUUUUCGACCCUCUCUCUCUCUUUCUAUCAAAAAAGGACGCACGGGCAACACGCUUCCCUUCCUCUUCUUCUUUUUUUUUCUACACUGUCGACUUUUAAUUUACCUAAACAACUGGUCAAGAUGAAGAGCGCACUUACCUUUGACACAUUAGCUAAAUGCUCUACAACCAAAGCCAGAGUUUCCAUCUUAAAUUUACCCCAUGGGCCUGUGGACACACCUGUCUUUAUGCCUGUAGGUACGCAAGGUACCAUGAAGGGCAUGUUGCCCGACCAAUUAGAAGAAUUAAACUGUCAAAUCAUGCUAAACAACACCUAUCAUCUUGGUUUGAAACCUGGAAAAGAGACUCUCGACCUUGUGGGUGGAGCCCAUGUUUUCCAAAGUUGGAGACGUAACCUUUUAACAGAUAGUGGUGGAUUUCAAAUGGUAUCUCUCUUAAAAUUGGCCAAUAUCACUGAAGAAGGUGUUGAAUUUGCCUCUCCUCAUGAUGGAUCUCUCAUGAUGUUGACACCCGAGCAUUCAAUGGAACUUCAAAACACGAUUGGAGCGGAUAUUAUGAUGCAGCUGGAUGAUGUGAUUUCUUCUCUGACUUCAGGUCCCCGUGUAGAAGAAGCCAUGUGGAGAUCCAUUCGUUGGUUGGAUCGUUGUAUUGUUGCCCACAAGAACACAGACACUCAGAAUUUGUUUGCCAUCAUUCAAGGUGGAUUAAAUGUAGAUCUCCGAAAGAAAUGCAUUGAGGAAAUGGUAAAGAGAGAUACACCUGGUUAUGCCGUAGGAGGAUUAAGUGGCGGUGAAGAAAAGGAUGUCUUUUGGAAAAUUGUUACCCUUUGUACAGACUUAUUGCCCAAGAACAAGCCCAUUUAUUGUAUGGGUGUCGGCUAUGCUGAGGAUCUUGUGGUGUGUGUUGCAUUAGGUGUCGACAUGUUCGAUUGUGUUUUCCCUACCAGAACUGCUAGAUUCGGUAACGCCUUGACGAUGAAUGGUACUGUUUCACUAAAGUCCGGUAAAUACGCUACGGAUUUCGGACCAAUUGAAGAAGGAUGUGAAUGUUCGACCUGUAAAAACUAUACAAGAUCCUACGUCCAUCUUAGCGUGACAACCAAGGAUACUGUAGGCUGUCAUUUAGUGUCAAUUCACAACUUGGCUUUCCAGCUUCGAUUGAUGAAGAACAUCCGAGAGGCCAUCAAGCAAGAUGUCUAUCCUGCUUGGAUCAAGACGUUCUUCCACAAUUAUUUUGGUGGAAACAAGAGUAAAUACCCAGAAUGGUCGGUCAAUGCUUUAAAAAGUGUCAAUGUGGAUUUGAUGGAAUAAAAAAAUAAAACAUUACCUAAUUUAUGCGUGCGGAGGGGAUUUGUGGCCCUGAAUUUGUGACGUCCUUUCUCUAAAAAGAGA